AUUUGACGCCAUCCGGGGAACGGGAGGAGGGCCGGAGCGAAGGAAUUUAGUUCGAGAAAGGAUGAAAAAAAUAAAAGAAAAAACGAACCAGGAAGUUCAGCCGACGAGGAAACGUAAUCGGUUGGUGGAGCGAGAGUUACUUUCUUUGCCCACUAAAAACCAAAAAAAGGCUUUUUAAAAGUUUUAAAAAUCAACAACAACGGGAAAGAUCAUUCAUCCGGCGAGUUUAUAGCCACGGAGCAUCGUUUUCCCGCCGCAAUGGAAGUCGAUCCGGAGCAGGGUGAGGUGCAAGCUGUGUCGCAGGACAAGGUGCAGAGUUUGAGGGAACAGGUCGAUGGGGUUAAAGACAUCAUGACCCAUAAUGUGGACCGCAUCCUGGCCCGAGGAGAGAGACUGGAUGACCUCAUGGGCAAGUCAGAGGACCUGCAAGCAGGGGCUCAGCACUUCAAGCAGACUUCUCAGAAGGUGGCUCGAUCCUACUGGUGGAAGAACGUCAAGUUGAUUGUGGUCAUUGUGGUCAUUGUCCUCAUCAUCGUCCUCAUCAUCGUCCUGCUGGCCACUGGAGUCAUCCCCGUCAGUGCCCCUGCGCCUCCCAUAGUGGAGCCAACCAAACAUCCCUCCUAGUAAACACACAAACACACUCGUAUAGGCAGUCGAACACCCAUUUUUCAUUUAGCAAGACACGGUAAAAACAAAAGAUGCGCGUACAUUACUCGUGUCCGGUGAACACCUCGUAACUUCAGAGUUACCCAAAACAAACCUGUUGGACAAAUUGGACAACCCACGGGCUAAUAAGCACACAUUUAAAAUACAGAAAUGCACAGAUUUAAACAGCAUUUGAACACGAGUCUGUUUUGGUUUUGGAGAUACAAGAUGUUUAUCCAACUUCUCUCACCAGAUAAAUACCAGUUCUGCAAUUACUGCCAACAGUUAUUACUUCACAGCAAAGAGGAAGUCGGAGGACCAAUUUUAACUUAAUGUACAGCUGCAUGCAGUUGCACAAUAUGUAUUUGAAUGUUUAUGUGGGAAGUGUUGAUCGUGGGUUUCUCCUGUUUCUAUUAGAUAAUCUGGAUGUCUUCAAUUACAUCAGUUACUUGUAUAUUUGCAAAAUAAGUAUGGUAACUGUUUCUGUCAUGUACAGCAAAGACAAAUCCAUUCUCGGGGGGUGUCUAAAGGAAGUAGGGGGCUUUAUGCUCACAAGAUGCAGUUUUUUUUAAGUUACUGGACAAUCUGUCAUUUAUAAACAAAACUAGUAUUAAAACUGUAAUCUGUUAAAAUUUGUAAUCUUAUAGGUUAACAAAUUUAGUCUAAAUAAAGGUUAAUCUCUCUAUUGAGGAUGAAUGCUGUCAUUUGCAGGCCUAUUCUUUUUAAAGUGUAUGUAAAUGUUCAUACUGUUUUGCAGCUUUACACUUUUCAGUCAGAAACUAUAGAAAAAAGUUAACAAGUAUACAGUAAAAUCCUGAGUGUUAAUUUAACUCUGAGAGUGUACAAAUGGGUCCAUUCGUACACACUCAGAGUUAAAUUAACACUCAGUUUUUUACUGUGUAUAAUGCCGUUUCUUCCUCAUCCUGGUUUAUGACUUAAAAGGAAUCUACUUUGGACAACCUGAGCGUUUUCUAAAAUGUCAUCAUGAGCCCCAUAUGUUGCAUGUCAAGGCUGCGUAUGGUGAAAAAGAGGACAUUGAUAAACUCGAGAUAAAUUCAAAUUCUGUGUCAUUUUUUGUGGCUUCGACAGGGUUACAAAACUCCAUAAAUUCUUUGCAACCGUAUAAACGGGAAUUUAAAACAGCGAUGAGUUAUUUUUUUUUUUCAUACAGUAACAGCUAUGUGGUCAUUAGAUGAACUGCAUCCCAUCAGAAUGACAAAUUCGUCAAUUUACGCCGUUCAGCGCAUGCCACAAAGCAUCAGACAUUAAAACAUUUUUUUUCCCCAAAUGCCUGAAUGUGUUUUGCCCAUAGUGACCCCUUCACAGAUCUGUAUUUGGAGUCCUCCACCCCAGACAGCAAGACACGGAGGUAAAAGCAUCUUGACCUCGGUGUUUGGCCCUGAUAAUUUCAUUCGGUCAAUUUUCCAGGCCGAUUUCAUUUCUCGGGGUUUUGGUGUGUUAGAGGAAGACUCUUCAGUCGAACCAGAGUUCAUCCACAGUAUGACAGCAGACGGGGCCUGCUGUGCAAACCAGCAGGCCCCAAUGUUCUUCAUUACAACCAGAGACAACUUUAUUUAGGGGGAAAAUGCAGUCACCCAACAUUAACAGUGUAGGUUUUUGAAGUGUUACAGUUUUGACUGGUUACGGUGUACAUGAUCUGCUUUCAUUCUGGAAAAAUUGUGUUUUUGAGAAUAUGCGUUACAUUGGAGCAUAACUCAUUCAUAGUUUCCUUAUACUAGCUAAGCCGUUCAACUGCUGCCAUGUUUCAUAAACUCAGCAUCAUUGUUUUUCUUGUUGAUGAAUGAAGUCUUGUCUUUUUUUACUUCUGCGGAGAACUCAAGUCACUAUCAUUGCUUGUAUAUAGUAAGCACAUUCCCAUCCUUUUGUCCUGUGUAUAUUUGUAAUAGCCUUGUUAACACUGUUUAUGAGAGUGUGUGUAUAUAUAUAUAUAUAUAUAUAUAUAUAUAUAUA